CAUCACGCACGCAAACUCGAGUAAAGUAACCAACUUCACUCAAUAAAUGUUCGAUCUCUUUUCAUCUACGUCGAGGCUUGUACAUUUUGAGGAUUACGCUUUUCGACAUGGCUUUAACCGUUGCACUACCUCUUGCUGGAUUGGAAACAGAAAAUUACAACUCGUACAGGCAUAUCAUAGACAUAGCGGGCCUGUCUAAGUCGCAGACGAGCCCGAGUCCAUCUGUCUCUAGUGAAUCCAGCGGGAUCGGCUCUCUGAGCUCAUUGAAAUCGGAAUCGGUCGGCGAUUCUCUGCCGUCAAGUCCUCAAACCACAGAGAAGAAAAUAUUCGAACCCGUGGUGCAACCUCAGCCACGUCCGAAGGAAAACAAAGUUGAUGAUAUUAAAAUCGCUUAUGGCGGACGUGAUAUUCUUAACUUGAUGGGUAAUCUGACGGAUCCUCGAUGGAACUACCGCGCCACGUUGCUGCCGCCGUCCAACCCGGCGCUAUUCUUCGCGAACCGCUCACAGUACCACAGGCUGGGCCCGCACGGCACCUGCACGCAGUACGUAAAAGACACUUGCCAGAUGUGCGGCUUUACAUGGGUUGUGUCUGUCACGGAUUGACGAGACAACUCCGCCAUGUAAACUCUGAACAAACGAAAUCGAAUGUGGUAUAGCUGGGACACAACAGGGUUGCAUACUUUAAUACUUUUGUCACAUAAUGGUUGUACCGUUAAACUCUCUAACCGAUGAUUUAAGUUCAUGAAUUUCCUAAUUAAGUUUUGUUGUACAAUAAUUCUACGAGCCGUAUACAGAUUGAAGAUUAUAAUUUUUGAAGAUUGUACUAUUGAAAUGUUCUGAAUUGAACUUAAGUCAACGGUUUUGUGGCAUUUUCCUAAUAAUUUAGUUAUGGACGUGUUGAUCUGUUGUGGCCCCUUUAUACUAAUGACUGUGGAAUAUGCCAACUAGUAUAUCAUCCAGCAUUCUCAUAGAAUAAAUUUUAAAUGUGACUUAAUACUGUGAUCUUAAUUUAAAACAAGGCAAUUUUUGACGAGUUCUAUGAAAUGCUCGAUGAUGGUAAUUUGUUUUAACUUAUUUAAUUGUGUGAUAAUCUAAAGUAAGGUGCAAUAAUAAUUUAAAUGCUACAGUCUUAAUAGACAUACAAAAUUGGCAUUUAUAUUUCCAAAAAUUAGUUGUGCUAACAAAAUUCUCCAGUCCUUAUUGACUCUGAAGCUCCUAAAUAAUCUUGCUUCAUUAAGGUUCCUUAAUUUAUUGUUAAUUUAUAUCCAAAGAUACAAAUAUCUUUAAUUCUGAUUUUCUAUUAUUAAUUUUGUAUAAUAUAUUGCCUUUCACAUCAAUGAACAAAAACCAUGAAGUCUUUCCUAAUUUGUUUCUGAUCUUUGUCUGAUAUUAUUAUUAUUUGAAAAUUUUAUAUAUGUUAAUGUGUUUACCCACCCGUUUAAUUUAAUUGUUAAAAUAAUAAUUACAGUUAUGUUGUAGUGCUAAGUUAUAAAUUUUAAGUAAUAUUCCACAGUCAUAUUUCAGCAUAAUCUGUCACUGUUAAACCAAAAGGCUGCUUCUCGUUUUUUUUUCAAAUACAAUAUUGACGAGGUGGCAUCAAUAUAAAGCCAAUUUUAGGUUAUAUUUAUAAGGUCUAAUUAUGAUGAUUGUUGGAUGUACCGUCCGAGCGUUACAUAAUAAUAGUGAUGACAUAAUAUUGAUUAGAAAAUACAACACAACUCUGUUUCCUUCCUAUUCAGUGUAAAAAGCUUGAUAACUCAUUUAUUAAUAUGACACGCCCAUAGAGAACAUAGUUGUAAUGGGUGAUCAGUGCAUAUCAUCACAAAUUAAUGCAGUGAUUAGAUGUUGUAAGAUAUUAGUAGUGGUUACAGACGGUUUUAAAUAUUCAAGUCAUUGAUGUGCCCAGGUACUGGGUUUUCUAGUGAAAUUAUAGUAAGUGUCGUUAACAGACUGGGCAAUAUCUCUAUCUAAAUACAUAUUUAAAUUGUAAUAUCCGUGGUCUCUUAAUUUUAGUCAAAUAUUUAAUAUAAUAGUACGAGUCUCUUUGAAUUAUGUGUAAGUAAUGUGUAACAUAAUAUAAACUGUAAUGUGUAACUAACGAUACUGUCCUACUGUGCAACUUUAGUUCUGCUAUCUUGUGAUCAGCUUUAAUUGAAACUGGAGUAUUGUACACUAAUGUUGACAUUAUAUUUUCCACAAAGUUAUUUUUUAUAAAAAAAAUGUUGAUAUGUGACAAUACCGUUUGUACUUUUUCAAAGUUGGUUUAUAUAAUUAUGAAAUUGGCUUCAGAGUUUGGCAAUUUUCUGGAAGGGACCAACAUCCAAAUGUUACUUAAUUUAAAUUUUUAUAAAUUCCAGUAGCGAGUCCACAAUCACAGUUGUUAUGUUACUUGCAUUUUAUGAUUUAUGUCAGUCAUCACUAUGAUUAGUUUGCCUACAAUUAAAAAGGGCUAUGAACAUAAGUCACGUAACAAAUAGGAGUUAUGAUAUAAUACAAAAUUUAUUUAUAUAAUUAUGGUUCAGUGGGUUCCGACUGAACAUAUAGCAUGGAUCUCAGAAUGCAGCUUGCUGAUACUUACGCCUAACAGUUGUCUCUGAAUGCAUUUCUAACCGUGCUAAGGCCUAAGGACAUUAGAGGUGCAUUCGCCCGGUGUGCUAUAUUCUCAGUCACACGCACUCACAAAUGGUUGUUAUGGUUAUUUAAAUCAAAUGUUGCAUUCAGAUUAAUCAUAAGUUAUUUUAAUUAUGACAAGUAUCGAUCGAAUGUAGUUCAAAGAAAAGUAUUUGGAGCGAAACGCACAGUUUUAAAUAGUAGCUCUUGUUGUGAAUGUCUUAAGUUUAGUAUAUGAGUCCCUUAAGGCCCGCGUAUACAAGACCUGCGCCGGUCUGCCCGAGCCCUACCACAACCGAGAGGCCAAGGUUCGAUGCAAUAUUUGCAUUCCAAUUUUGUGUUUAAGUUAGCAGCCAGACGAGUAGUAGUCGUUGAUUAUUUUAAUCCACAUUGCCAAAUAUUUUGGUUGUUGUGCUAUUUAUUUAAUUGAAUGAAAUUUUUCUAAUAUAUCAAUUAGUACCUUCCAUUGCUAAGUGUCUUCGAAUGAUUUUUAAUAAUGUUUAAAUCAUUUUCAAUUGAAUGCAUUUUAUUUUUAGUCAAAUCAUAUAAUCGAUAUUAUACAUGAUAUGUUGUAUUUUAUCUAAUUGUUCAUUCAUAUUUAUAAUAAAUAUUUUUUCUCAUGAACUGUAGUCAAAUGACAGUAUUUUUAUAACGAAAAUUGUAUAGGUACGAAGGGUUUAUUGCCUCGACUGUGCGGGGGCCAGUGGACCACUGCCCCCUCAUACGGCAGGGGUCAGGGGGGGCAGGCCGGCCCCCGCGCGUCCAGUGUGUAUUAUGUAUAUCUGAUAAGCAUUAUGUAGGUUUAGCAUAAUAGAUUAACUCGGAGACACGACUCCAAGUACCAAAACUUAUUGGUUUAAUGUUCUUGUAUUAUGGUGAUAUAGUGUGUCCUAGCGGCACUGAGCUCAAUAUUUUAGUAACCCUUAAGAAAAUUAAUACCUCUUUUGAAAAGAAUUAUAAUAUUUAUUAUAUAAUAUAUUCAAUCCUUAAUCGCAUAUGUAUUUCCCUGUUUAUUUUGAUGUGAUAUCAUAAAUGACUGAUCUGAAUUUAGUUUUUAAGUUGGUUAUUGAUAUGCAGUGCUAUUUCGUGAGUAAUUAAGAUUUAAUAUUGAAAGUGCCAAUGCUCGUAAUUUAAUCUAUGACUGUUCCUUUUAUGUAGCUAUUGUGACGGCCCGACUGCGUCGAGCGCCUGCCCAUGCACCUAUAUAGAGUCUGUAGCGACCAUCGUCCGUAAUAUUCUGUUUUUGUGUCGGUUGUUGUUUCAGACGAAUUCACUCGAUGUGCACAAUCUCAGUAACGCUUGCAAUAUUAUGUGUAAAUCAAAUCCUCAUUUUACAAUUUAAAUUCAACGUAAUGUUAAGAGUACAAUAUGAGAUGAUUUAAUAUCAUUCUAGUAUCAAAAUUAACCGAAGAUAAUAUUAUUAGUUAGGUAAAAUUUUAACAUAGCUUCGUAUAAUUGGGAUGUUAGUAUUUAGUAGUUGUGUAAUUACGACGUAGUGGCAAGCAUGUCUCGUGCGUGAAGUGAAAUAAUGUUAGUGGCAAUAAUACUCGAUGUAAGUUCCCUGCCAAGAGACUGUACAGGGUCGCGCCGCCCCGUCCGCGCGUCAGUCGCCGCGAGUGUCGCGCCGCCGGUCGCGCGACGGCGGGUCGGCGCACACUACUGAGCGAUAACAUUAGGCGUUUUAUUUGUUGUAAUUAUAAUAAUAGCUGUAGGUAUUUUAUCGUACUUAAAUAAUUAUUCUUGCGAUGCCUUAAUUCUGGUUGUCAAUUAGACAUGUCUGCCUAGAGUGUUAUCAUUGUUUUUAUUUAUUUUAGUUUCUUGCUGUUCCGGCUUCCUCCGUGAACUUCCAGUCCAGGCUGUUCUUUUGAAAUAAUUUUGAAGUCGAUUUAUUUUUACCUAAGUGUUCUUAUUAAAUGUUACCAAAAUGUUUUUAAUAAAAUAUUUUUAUAUGUA